AUCCUGCAAUCCUUGUUGAUAUUGUAAAAUUUAAUAAAUUUAUUGUAUUUAUUAUUUUGGUAUUAUGUCUUUAAAUACCUCUCAUAAAGAUGGAGGGUUAUUAAUAUAUAAUGGGGAAAUGAUACUACUCUUUUCGAAAGAAGUUGAAUUCACGAUUGUAGCUAAUGAUAAAAAGAAAGAAUUGCAAGGUACAAAAAAAGGUCAACUUUUUUUAACUACACAUAGGAUUGUAUACUUGUGUAAAAAUCAAAAAGAUCUGCUUAAAUCAUUUAGUAUACCUUUUAUUUGCAUGGAUAAGGUUGAAUUAGAGCAACCUGUUUUUGGGGCAAAUUUGAUUAAAGGACAUGUAAUUGCCCAGCCAAAUGGUAAUUGGGAAGGCAUUGCCACCUUUAAAAUUAGUUUUAAUACUGGGGGAGCUAUAGAGUUUGGAAAAGCAUUACUAAAUGCUGCACAAAUAACUGCUAGAAGAGGAAAGAUGGCACCUCCUCCUUAUGAACCUCCGCCACCUCCAUAUAACACAGCUAAUCCAGGUAUGUAUAUGCCCCCACCCAAUACUGAUUUUGGUUUCCAAAUGCCAACCCAGAUGUUUCCUCCUAAUGACAUAAAGGAGCCUGUUAUGUACUCUAAUGCUCCGCCACCUUAUCCAGGAAUAUAUCCCAAUCUUCCCAAUGCUCCUCCUAUGCAAAAUGCCAAUGUGUCACCCGCUUAUUAUGAUCCCCAAAAUCCUCAAAAUAUAUAUGUACCAUCGCAACCUGGCACUACGAUUCCUGGGGCACCACCUGCCUAUGAACAGAAGAAAACAUUGUAAAAGGCUUUUCUAUAAUAUUUAUUAACUAAUAAUCUAUUUGUGUUUUUUAUCCUUCAGUAUCGAUGUAAUUUAUUAAUUUUAUUUUUUACCGUUUUUAAGGAUUAAUCAAAAUUAUAAAUUCUGAAUAUCGUAUUUAUUUAUUAUAUUUAUUAGAAUAAAUAUUACAUUAACAUUUA